AUGAUGAAAAGCAUAGCUGGUACUUUCUUCCGCGGUUUAACAGGUGUGUUACCCAUCGCCCUGACACUGUGGCUAACCGUCUGGGUGAUCACCACAACCGAGGGGCUCCUGCGCAAACUGUUUGUCUAUAUCCUGCCGGACAAUUUUUAUUUCCCGGGCCUGGGUAUUCUGUUUGCCCUGGGGCUGAUUUUUGUCACCGGCCUGCUGAUGCAGAUGUUUGUGUUCAAGAAACUGUGGGAGUGGUUCGAAGCGUGGCUUGAACGCGUGCCUCUGGUGAAGACCGUGUACCAAUCUGUUAAUGAUUUUUUUGGGUUUUUCUCUUCCAAUGUGUCAGAAAGCGCAUCGAAAGUUGCCUGUAUCGACCUGGGUAAUGGCGCACAGCUGGUGGGUUUUAUUACAGACGAAAGCCUGGAGGCGUUUGCCGACGUUGGGCGGGAUCGUGUGGCUGUUUACGUGCCCAUGAGCUAUCAGAUUGGUGGCUAUACGCUGCUGGUACGCAAAGCUGAGGUCGAGAUUCUGGAUAUUCCUGUUGAACAGGCUAUGCGGUUUGUGCUCACGGUCAUGGUCGCGUUGAUCAAUGAUGCUGCCGAUCCGAUCUGGGUUGCGGCAUGGCACACACCAGAAACAGACGCCGAAUGGCGCUUGCUUGAACACCGGGCAACUCAGCUGCAACUUGGCGGCACGCUGAUCGCUUAUCCUGGUACCGGCGGGUUAGACCACAAGUGGACUGCCAAGCCACCCUGGCGAGCAUGGGCAACUCAACUGAGCGAUGCCAGCGCAGAGGCACUUGCCGCAAUAAAGGCUCGAAAUAUUGAGGCCAUCAGCACCGCCGGAGAUCGGAUUGUUGAAACCUGUGAAGGUUGUCAUCAGGCAUUCAAGAUGGAUUUUCCAACUGGUGGUCAGUACGGUGAGCUUUCGCCGAACGCCGCAGAUCUAGAGGAUUGA